GUUUCAGUUUGCUAUAAAAGAACACUGCUAGAGGUUGUUGUCAUUCACGAAGUUGAAGACUUGUUUUCACUAGCAAGUAGUUGAAUUACACAGACGACAUGAAGAUCAUCAUUGCUGCCUUAGCUCUGCUUGCUGGUACCUAUGCUCUCCAAUACAAACACGUAACUGGACCAACUCCACCCCCAAUUGCUUGUCCUAAAUCUCUUUGUGCGGGAAAACAUGACGGAAAUUACGGUUAUGCCAACGGAUAUGGAUACAAUGCCAAAAAAGAUAACUAUUUUGUUCAAUGCCUCGAUGGAAUUGCUUACUGUCAAGCUUGCUGGCCAUUAACCAUGAAGUUCAGUGAACGAUGCAACCAAUGUGUAUAUAAUUUAAAUGAUCCAUGCCACACAACAAAGCCAUGGAUCCCAGAAAAACGUUACAAAUGUCCCGACGUAUGCCCAGGAAAAGGACCACACUACACUGGAAACGUAGCAGAUCACCACAAUUCUCUUCAUUACGUUGGAUGCUGGAAAGGAGUUACCGUUGGAUGUGUGAACUGCCCAGCUCCACUGAAAUUUAACGAAGCUGAGAAUGCCUGUCUUUGGGAAGGAAAAUACGUUACACAACCUCUACCCCACAAAUCUAAAUACCAACCAAAGAAAUAUUAAACCGAUAUCUAAACAAAAAUUUUACGGUGCUUGAUGAUAACUAUUGUUUUGUUGGAUUGAAUUUUUGUUUAUUGCUUCAUGACUGUCAAAAUGUAUUGCUUCAUAUUUCGUGAAUAUUGUAGUUUAUAUUAACCUAUUCAUGUUUUCUUUUUACUAGUUUUAUAUGAAACUUGUUGAAAU